AUGGUGGAUCCUUCUGUGCUGCUGGCAUAUUGCCCCACGCACGAUUUUCAACGUAUUGAAGCCGUUGUCCGCGAGUGGCCUGGCGUGGAGGCGGUGGGUUCUCUACGAACCAAAGAAGGUAAAGAAAAUACGACGAGCGUUUUCAUUAAGUUUAGCGACAAGGAGGCUGCUAGGGAUGCCACUUCGCGGAUAGAUGCCGUUCCGGGGCUAGUACGAAAGAUUGAAGAACCAAAGGCUAAGCAAAGGAUGCGCAAAAUGGGAAAGAAUAUGUUAAUUGAUCCUGCAAUGGAAAUUUUUUCCUUCGGGGCGACUGAUAAAGGGGACGUCACAUUCAAUGAAAGAAAACGCGAAGGGAACCGGCGACGCCACCCAAGCGUGAUAGGCCCAGGUAGCGGCAGCGAGCGAACAAGUAACAAAGGGAAUAAUGCAAUUCGACACCAUCCAUUUACGCCACCCGCGCGGGCCAGCGUAGCAUUGGUAGACAACGUUCCUUUUAACAUGACUAACGAUCAGGUAGCCCGAUUAUUUUCGCCGUUUGGAGAGUUAAUCGAUCUGAGCCGUUAUGAGACCAUGGCAAUGGUGUUCUACAGGUCGCCUGAUUCUGUUCUAAAGUGUAUUCAACAACUAAACGGAAAGACUGUGAAGGGGAAAAUUAUCACCGUUAGCAGUGGAGCAAUAACAAUCCCGGGACUAUUAGCAGCAGUGGUGGGGGUGCAAGUCCACAACUGA